AUGGAGGACGACAACCCGUUCAGCAAAGCUCAAACUGUUCAUCCUGAAGUCCGGGCCUACGUGUACAGCCUGGUCAACGCCCUUGGUGGAAGCAGCACAGACGACGAUGGUCGUUACGUCCUUGGUGAUGAUGCCCUUGCGUGUCUUCGAGACCUAAAGCGAUGGUUGAAGUUGUAUGAUGAGAAAAACAACCGACUUGAUGUGGCAAGAUGUCUCGCGGAAGCCAAACUCGUCGGAGGAGAUCUGAUACCAAUUCUCGCGUCGUGGCCGGAAGAUGGCAGGGAGAACAAGCUCAAGGCAAGAGUCGCACUGGCAUGCCUGGAACUUCUCGUUCCUUUAACAUGGCCUCUGGAAAAUGGCGGAGAAAUGACCGUGAACCAUCAUCGACACACGCCAUAUAUUCAACAAGCGCAGGUGGUUUACAAGGCCGCUAUUCUGGGUUGCGAUACCUGCGGUAUUUUGCGGCAGGUCGUACGAAUUGGCUUGCCCUCCAUCGCGGUGGCGAGAAAUGAACGGACGAAUCGAGACGAGGGCAUCCUCAAGCUGAUGCUCUACUUCUUCCGGAAUGUGGCAGUCAUCCGGCAGAUUCCAAAUUUACCCAGUCAAGGCCUAGAUUCGGAGGUCUCCAGAUCAGCGACAAUCGAAGCGUUUAGAGAUCAAGAUGUGUUUGCCUUGCUGUUGACCAUCUGCUCCAUUAUGGGAGAAGAUUUCAAUUUGCAAGAUGUCAUUGUCCUGGACAUCAUCUUUAACUUAAUCAAAGGAGUUCACCCGAGAAGAUUAUGGAUGACUGAACAAGAGCGCAGAGGCCUGGGUGUGUCAGACCUGAGUGCUGCACUGGCACUGGAGAAUACCGAGGCCAAGGAUGCAAAACGCCACCAAUGGAGCCGGCACGGUCGAUUUGGCACGAUGGUCUGGGUCAAACGGGAGGGCGGAAAGAUGUCUGCUGUUUCCGGUCAGGACAACCUCAGAGACGAUCAACAAGCAUUCUUCAAUAUGGACCAAACGAAGAAAUGGAGCAGGCCACAGCAGAAACGCCGAGAUAUUGACCACACCAUCCACGAUUUUGACCGCUCUACCCGACUGACGGAGUCUGCUACCAUAAAGUUGCGAAAUUUUGUGGAAGAGUUCCUAGACUCCGGAUUCAAUCCCUUUUUUACCCACCUCCGCAAAGCUAUUGAGCGGGAGGCAGAGCGCUUACUGGACGUCAACUAUCGCCAAUUCUUCUACACCGUGGCAUGGUUCCUCGAAGCGGAACGAAUCCGUCGAGAAGUCAGCAAGAAGGAAGCCAAGCCAAACAAGGUGCGAACGGACUUUGAUGACGAGAGCUAUUCGCUAGUGGCCGCCGUCCUAAACCAAGAGACAUUCAUCAUGCUCAAUCGAUUCAUGCAAGUGUCUUUGGACAAUAAAGAGUGGCAAGAUCUAAACGCCAGCAUGCGAUGCUUCACGCAGAUCUUACUUACCGUACAGGAAAUGGCGCAAAGUCCCUUGGAAGAAGACCGGGAAAUUGCAGACAAUAUUCAAAACCGCAUAUUUUACGAAGAAACGACGCAUGACCGAAUAGUAGGCAUUCUGAAAGGCUACAAAGAUCAAGGGUUCGGUUACCUCGAUGCAUGUACUGAAUUGUCGCAUGUCUUUCUACGUAUGUUGGAGAGAUAUUCAAAAGAGAACGUGGAUCUUCAGAUUCGUUCUCGACGGAGGGCACAGAAGAAGCGCAAAGAAGCUGAGAGAAGAGCUGCUCAGCCAGGGGAGGACCCAACAGCCGAUGAUGAGGAGUCGGAGGAUGAAGACAUCGCUGAUGUUGUUCAAGUCUCCAAGGAACGCAAGUUUGACUUCAAUCGAUUUGCAGCGAAAUUUUCCUCACAAGCGUCGGUGAAUACCUUUGUCGUGUUUACCACAUUCUACCGAGAUCUCAAUGCCGAACAACUCAAACGAGCCCAUCGAUUCUUCCAUCGGGUGGCCUUUAAGCAAGAUCUGGCGGUGUUGUUGUAUCGAGUUGACAUAAUUGCUCUAUUCUACAAAAUGGUCAAGGGUCCAGAUGGUCUUGAUGUGAAACAUUCGAUGUACAAGGAAUGGUCCGAAUUUUCCCGCCAAGUGUUCAAGAAGCUGUUGAAAAAGAUCGACCAGAGGCCAGAGCUAUUGGUGGAAAUGCUGUACAGUAAGAUCAAUUCGACGUUAUACUACCUCGAGUUUGGCCAAGAGAAACAAACAGCGGCAGCAACUCGGCCGCCCGCAGAGCUGGAAAUCAGACCGGCACCGGGGAGAGACGUCAAGGAACAGAUCGGAAUCGUUGUUACUGUGCUCGUAAAGGAUGGAAAGACCGAUCUUGUGCGAUGGGUCAAAGAUAUGCUGGGAAAAGCCAUUGAGGAGAGGCAUGGCUGGGAAGCGGACGCGGAAGCGCGGAGAGUUGCUGCCAUCGAAGCCGCCCAAAAUGAUAAUGAGCCUCCUCCUGAGGUCGAUGUCGGUCAGCCUACCUAUAUUACCGUCCGUCCAACAUCGGAAGAGAUAAAGACCGCAAUGUUCAAGAAUGGACGCUUGCGGUUGUUGAUGCGUCUUGUCGGAUUUGAUCUACUCGGAGAUGAGGAUGUUUUCGGAGCAAGCUGGAUCGUACCUGCUGUCCUAUCUGCCGAGAACCUUGCUGAAUCCAAAAGCACUAUCGAACAAUAUGAACAAUCGCCCUGGCAGGGUGAAGACGAGAAUGAAGAUGCGGAGGAUAUGAUACGUCGAGCGAGGAAUAAAGAUAAAAAGACCCAAGAUCAUGACGAAGAAGCACCUCGAUAUGCAUUUGUGGACGACUCAGAGGGCGAAGAAGAAUUCAUGUUCCCUGACAACCCUCGGAAAAAGAGAUCCAAGAAUCCCAUUGAAGAGCUCAGAGCUCGACGCAAGAGGAAGCGUGCUGAGACUGAGGGAGAAGACGAGAUCGACGAAGAACUUGCAGCGCAGAGGAGAGCAGCACGUGAAGCUGCGGCACGUGAGAGACGCCUGAGGAUCAAAAGUGAAGCCUACAUUAGAGACAGCGAUGACGAGACGGAUGAGGAGGGAGAUCGCCUGUUCUUUGAGAAGGAAGAACGGGUACGGCAGAGACAGAGGGAGAAUAUUCGCAAGCAGAUGGCUCUGGCAAUCGAUGAGCAGACUUCCAAAGGGAAUGGAAAGGGAAAGCGCAAGAAGGUAGCUGCGCCAGCCCUUGAGCAAGAACAAGACAGCGACGAUGAUCUUCUCAUGGUUGACCUGGAUGACGAGCACAACGAGACUGCCUCAUCACAACCUCGAAGGGAAUCAGAGACGGAGGAAGAGGAGGAUACACCGUUGUCCUCUCAGAAUUCGACAGCGGCCAAAGACUUUCCAGCAGAAAAGACAGCACCUCAAGAAAUGGCACAACUGCGGGCGAAUCCAAGCACUAACUCGGGUAAAGGGAUCAUCGAGGCAGGAAUGGACGACAGUGAUGCUGAUGAGGAUGUUGUACCUGUUCCACGCCGGCGACAGGUGAUAGGUGGCAUUAUUGUGGAUAGUGAUGAUGACGAGUGA